AUGACUGACGCUCUCCCAUUGCCAUUUAGAUACCAGUUCGCUGCCGGUGCGGUGGCCGGGAUCUCAGAGAUCCUGGUGAUGUAUCCACUAGACGUGGUGAAGACCAGAAUGCAACUACAGGUGAAAGGAGGAUCUGGACCUGUUUACAACGGAGUUUUGGACUGUUUGAAGCAAAUUGUGGCCCGUGAAGGUGCCUCGCGUCUGUACAAGGGAAUCUCGUCGCCUGUGCUCAUGGAAGCGCCCAAAAGAGCCACCAAGUUUGCAUGCAACGACGAAUUUCAAAAACUAUACAAGCGUGAAUUUGGCGUGGAAAAACUUACGCAAUCGCUCAGCGUGCUGAGCGGUGCAUCUGCCGGAUGUUGUGAAGCGUUUGUCGUGGUGCCAUUCGAACUGGUCAAAAUCAGACUUCAAGACGUGAGCUCCAGCUACAAUGGCCCCAUCGACGUUGUGCGCAAGAUUAUCGCCAACGAGGGUGUGUUGGCUAUGUACAACGGUUUAGAAUCGACCCUUUGGCGUCACGGUGUCUGGAACGCCGGUUAUUUUGGUGUCAUUUUCCAGGUGCGUACGCUUUUGCCCCAGGCGCAGAGCAAAUCCCAGCAGACCGGUAAUGAUCUUAUCGCAGGUACCAUAGGUGGUACUAUCGGUUCUAUGCUAAGUACACCGUUCGAUGUGGUCAAGUCUCGUGUUCAAAACACCGCCAUUGUCGCUGGCGAAGCUCGUAAGUACAACUGGUCGUGGCCAUCGCUGCUGACCAUUUACAAGGAAGAAGGGUUUGGUGCUCUAUACAAGGGUUUCGUACCCAAAGUGUUAAGACUGGGACCCGGUGGAGGUAUUCUGUUGGUGGUGUUCACCGGUAUGAUGGACUUUUUCAGAGAUUUCCACUACAGCCGUUGA